CGUCCAUUGGAAUAGGGAGAACUUAUGUACACAGUAAAACCAAAAACGAGAGAGAGAGAGUAUGUGCGCGCGCGCGUGAGAAAGAGAACUGAAAAAGAGGCAAACAAUUUACAAAGAGGGUCCGUGUGGUGUCGGCUUCAACCAAACACCCACCUUAUCGAUCCCUUGUUCUUCUCCUUCGUCACACCUCUAUUUCUCUGUCUGUAGCCCUAUUUGCUUUCCAUUAUACUUUUGUACCAACCGGAGGAGAGAUUAAAACUCUCAGUGCUCAGCUGAAGAUUUGUGUGGGUUUCUAAUGGCAUUUGCGGUGAAUCAUUCCUCUGGCAGCCCCCGCGCAGUGAUUCCAAAUGAUGCCUUAUACAAGGAAUUAUGGCAUGCUUGUGCUGGCCCCCUUGUCACACUUCCUUGGGAAGGGGAGCGGGUUUAUUACUUUCCCCAAGGUCAUAUGGAACAGCUUGAAGCUUCUAUGCAUCAGGGUUCAGAGCAGCAUAUGCCUUCAUUCAACCUCCCAUCUAAAAUUCUCUGUAAAGUUGUCAAUGUCCAGCUUCGGGCUGAGCCCGAGACAGACGAGGUCUAUGCACAGAUCACUUUGUUACCUGAGGCAGAUCAAAGUGAGAUUACAAGCCCAGAUCCUCCGCUUCCAGAUCCUCCUAGGUGCACUGUCCAUUCAUUUUGCAAGACACUUACUGCUUCUGACACGAGCACUCAUGGGGGAUUUUCAGUUCUUCGGAGGCAUGCAGAUGAUUGUCUGCCACCAUUGGAUAUGACCCAGCAGCCACCAUGGCAGGAAUUAGUUGCAACUGAUUUGCAUGGAAAUGAAUGGCAUUUUCGGCACAUUUUUCGAGGGCAACCAAGGCGCCACUUACUGACAACCGGAUGGAGUGUCUUUGUUAGUUCAAAAAAACUAGUAGCUGGUGAUGCAUUUAUAUUCCUGAGGGGUGAAAAUGGUGAGCUGCGUGUUGGAGUAAGGAGACUUAUGAGACAGCUAAGAAAUAUGCCAUCUUCUGUUAUAUCUAGUCACAGCAUGCAUCUUGGGGUUCUAGCGACUGCAUCUCAUGCAAUUGCAACUAAAACGCUCUUUUCUGUCUUCUACAAGCCAAGAACAAGCCGAUCUGAGUUCAUUGUAAGUCUCAACAAGUACCUUGAAGCCCGGACCCACAAGCUAUCCGUGGGGAUGAGGUUUAGGAUGAGAUUUGAGGGUGAGGAAGUUCCUGAAAGAAGGUUCAGUGGCACAAUUGUUGGCAUUGAAGAUAAUAAUUCAUCUGGAUGGGCUGAUUCUGAGUGGCGAUCAUUAAAGGUUCAAUGGGAUGAACCCUCAUCAAUUUUGCGUCCCGAGAGAGUUUCUCCAUGGGAAUUGGAACCACUUGUAGCAAAUGCUCCUCCAAGCUCCCAAUCCGCACAAAGGAACAAGCGAACACGGCCACCUGUUUUACCUUCACCAACACCAGAUAUAUCUGCAAUUGGUUUGUGGAAAUCCCCACUUGAAUCUCCUGCUUUCUCGUAUUGUGAGCCACAACGUGGGCGAGACUUUUAUCCAUCACCUAAUUUCAACUCUGCUACUAAAGGAAACUCUUUCAGCUUCAGUGGUAACAACUCUGUGGCUGCAGUUUCUAGCAACUCAGUAUAUUGGUCUCAUGGAGCAGAAGCCGUAACAGAGUCCUUUUCACCCGUGGUUAACAAAGAAUCAGGUGAAAAGAGACAGGGAACUGGGAAUGGCUGCAGGCUCUUUGGGAUUCAGCUUCUGGACAAUUGUAACAUGGAAGAAACUUUGCCAGUCGUUACAAUGUCCAGAACAGCGGGGGAUGAACCAUAUUUAGAUGCUGAAUCGAACCAGCACUCUGAACCAAAUCGAUCUGAUGUUCCUUCAGUUAGUUGUGAUGCUGAGAAAUCAUGCUUGAGAUCGCCUCAGGAGUCACAAAGCAGGCAAAUUCGGAGCUGCACAAAGGUUCACAUGCAAGGGAUUGCUGUUGGGAGGGCUGUUGAUUUGACGCGAUUUGACCAAUAUGAGGAUCUGCUCAGGAAACUUGAGGAGAUGUUUGACAUUAAAGGUGAACUUUGUGGAUCUACACAGAAAUGGCAGGUUGUGUAUACUGAUGAUGAAGAUGACAUGAUGAUGGUUGGGGAUGACCCAUGGCAUGAGUUCUGCAGCAUGGUGAGGAAAAUUUUCAUCUACACAACAGAAGAAGUCAAGAGGCUGUCGCCAAAGAUAAAACUUCCAGUCCCCACAGAGGCCAAACCAGUCAAGCCGGAUGUUGAAGUGGCUGUAAAUACCGAGGACCAGUCAUCAAUUGUGGGACCUGGGUGCUGAUGUUCUCCCAUGCCUGGUUUGGCUUGAUACCUGCCAAGUUUAGCUGAACCAUCAACCCCGAAAAUGAAACCCGAAAAGCAAGUUACAGGGGUAAAAGGACGCUCAACUGUUUUAAGAUUUUGUGUAUAGGUUUACACGGGUGAUGUUCUUCAACAGCAAAUUCCCAGUGGAAUGGCAGAUACAGUUUCUUCCCAUGCUGCAUCAAGACUAGAACAUGCCACGAUAUGGAACGACGGUUCUUUUAUUUGCACAUGCCAUCUGGAGGAUGUAACUAGCUUUUUAAGGUUUGGGUGUUUUGGUUAUUAUUUAAAAAAGAAUCUCGUUAAUGCUUUUGCUUGUUCAGACUUCGAAGAGGCGGCAAGUUUGUCAGGCCACGAAUGAAAGGGUUAUGACCUUUACAAUAUAUAUAUAUAUAUAUAUAUAUAUAUAUACACACAUUCUUGACCUCACCCUCUCUCAAGUUUCUAUUGGUAUUGACACGGUACAUCUAUCUUAUGUGUAUAUAAAUACAUACAGCCUUCUAUCUCU